GCGUGUCUCAGCGAACAAGCGCCAGAUCUCUGCCUGCCGCUGUCGGGUCGACUUCGCGGUCGCCUUUCUUCCUCUUUUUUCUGCCAAAGCGAAGCGGAAGAGGAAGAAAAGCUUCUGGGUUUAAAGGAGGGAGAAGCUUUAGCGACAUGUCGCUAUCAAAUUUGGACGAAAAGGAGCAUAGAUUUGUGCGCUGCAAGAGACGAGGAGCUUGGAACUUUAAUACCGGUUACUGGAAAGAAAGAAUGACGAGAAAAGAGGCUCUGGGAUGUUGGCAGCGGCAGUGUCGUACGUUGUGAGCCUUUGCUACUACUUUUGCAAAGGUGGCAUUUUUUUUCUCCUCGGGGGGCAUUGCGAGGUGAAUGCGAAGAACGAGAAGGCGAGGAGGAGGAGGAAGAAGAAGAAGAUGGUGAUUGGAACCAUCGGGAAGAAGAACAAGGUGGCUAUGCUCUUCGUUGCUCUGUGGCUGGUGUUUGCGAGUAGCAUAUCGUCAGCGGAGGCAGCCAUAGGCGUCAACUAUGGAAGCCUGGCUGACAACCUUUCUCCUCCAGGGGAAGUUGUCAAGCUUCUUAAGUCGUCGUCCAUUGGGAAACUCAAGCUCUACGACGCAGACUCGGCCAUGCUCUCUGCGCUCUCGGACACCGGCGUCGAGGUGGUGAUCGGUGUGACCAACGAGGAGAUCCCGAGGCUGGGAAGCCCGAGCUUCGCAAACGCCUGGGUGUCCAAGAACGUCGUCCAGCACCUCCCAAAGACGAAGAUCAAGUAUAUCAGCGUCGGCAACGAGGUUCUCACCACGAGCGAGCAGCAGCUAGCGUCCGUGCUCCUCCCGGCAAUGCAAAACCUCCACAACGCGCUCGUGGGUUUCAAAGCUGACGACCAGGUGAAAGUCACGUCGCCACAGUCGCUCGGCAUCCUCUCGGUCUCGUUUCCUCCAUCCAGCGGAAUUUUCAAGUCCAAGAUCGUCGACACCGCGCUCAAGUCCGUGCUUCAGUUCCUGUCGCUCACCAAAGCGCCGCUCAUGAUCAACGCGUAUCCUUACUUCGCCUACAGGAACAAUCCGUCCGACAUCUCGCUUCCAUACGCUCUCUUCCUUCCAAACGGAGGCUUUGCGGAUCCACGAACAGGCCUCGUCUACACAAACCUCCUCUCGGCACAGCUGGACGCUGUCUACUUCGCCAUGGAGAAGCUCGGCUUCCCAAACAUGGAGCUCUCGGUGUCCGAGACGGGGUGGCCGUCGGUCGGGGACGUGAGCGAGCCGGGUGUCAGCGUCCAAAACGCCAUGAACUACAACAGGAACCUCAUAUCCUUCGUCAACUCGGGUGUGGGAACUCCGGCCCGGCCUCGCGUCCCGCUCGAGGCCUACAUCUUCUCGCUCUUCAACGAGGACCUCAAGCCGGGGCCGACGUCCGAGAGGAACUUCGGCAUCUUCCGGCCGGAUGGAACGCUGUCUUACGACAUCGGCUUGAUGAAAACCACAGCGGCAGCUCCAAGCACAGGCUCUCCCGCGACAAACUCGAGCUCAAACUCCACCACCACUCCGGCGUCGAGUCCCCCGGCUCCGGCUUCUCCAGCGGCGGAUCCCGGUCCCCCGAACAACCCCGGGAUUGGACCCGGAGGUCCCGGUCCGGUGUGGUGCGUCGCCAAGCCGAAUGCCGAUGCGAACUCGCUGCUGGUGGCGCUGAAUUACGCUUGCGGCGAGGGUCUUGCGGAUUGCACUGCGAUCCAGUUUGGAGCGCAGUGCUUCUACCCGAAUGAUCUUCCAUCGCAUGCUUCCUACGCGUUCAACAGCUACUUCGUCAAGCACGGGGGGAACAAGUGGAACUGCUACUUUGGGAACACGGCGAUGCUCACUCUCUCGGAUCCAAGUGAGUUUUCCAUCCUCGCUCCUUUUCUUCGUUUUGCUUGAACGAGGCUUUGGUUUCUUGUGUUCUUGCAGGCUAUGGUGUGUGUACGUAUCCUUCCGUCAAGUAAAAGCCACUAAAUGCUUGAAUAAGCUAACAGUUGUUCUUCAGUCCUUUGAUGGUAAGUAAAUAAAUAGUGUUAUUUUUUAAAAAAAAUUAUAAAUUUUAAAUCUUUUUGAACCCAA